AUGGCACAGCCAGAGGACAAGGCCUCAGCAGGCCCCACCGAUGGGGAGAGACUAAUCCCAUCACAGGCGAAUGGAGCAGGUGAGACCCCCUUAAGAGUCCUUGGGACCCCAGAGCCACUCCUUCGCCUUCAGAGGACAUGGGGGGUGUGGCAGAUCCCAGAGCUGGAUGCCCAGGAUGCAAAAGCCCUUCUGGAGCUGUGGCCACCAGGGAGUUUCCUGGUCAUAGGACAUGAUCCCAGACAGGUCCUUGUGUUGAGGACAGGACCUUCACCAGGGGAAAUCAACACCUACCAGAUCCUGAAGCUUCCUGGAGGUGUGUCUCUGGAGUCCUCUAACCUCUGCAUGUCAGACCUGCCCCAUCUCCUGGCCUUCCUAUCAGCCAGCAGGGAUGUUUUGCCCAGAACACUGCUCUUGCCCCCUCCCACUCUAGGGCCUGGAGACCAAAACACAGAUCCUCUGCAGAUUGGCAGCAUCCAACUCAACACCUCAGGGAGGGUGUUCUUUGUGGUGAACAAGCUCUACCUGGAGACCCACAGAGGGUGGGAGAUGGAGCAGACGCCCCCAGAGACACCUCCAGAGACUGCUGGGAGACAUGAUCCAGCCCCCAGGAACCCAGCCCCUCACCAGGUCUCCUGGGUGGAAGGCCCACUCAGCCCAGAAGUACACCAUCCUAGGCCAGCUCUGGCCAGGCUGGUGGAAGAGAAGGAGGAGGAUGACUACAAAGAUGAAGAAGAGGGAGCUGAGGAUGCGCUCACACGCCACAUCCGGGCUCUAGCCAGGGCCCGGAGCAGCUACGUGGCCAGGCAGUUCCGGAGCUUUCGGGUGCGCCUCACCUCAGAGGCUGAAGGUCCCCACAGGCCUGGGGACCCGGCCACAGAGCUGCUUCAGGAUAUGCGGCACCUCCUUGCUGACCUCCAAGAUCACUUAGCAAAGGACCCCGAUGUCAGGGCUGUCUUUGAGAGCAGGGUGCCAGGGGCCCCCCAGAAGGACGAGGAUCUAGGCCCCGCGGUGGAGGCGGCCCUGUGCCGGGCGGUGCUGGCGCCUCUGAAGCCGGCCCUGUGGACUCGACUCCGCACGCUCCGCGCCCCAGCUCUGCGGCAACUGCGGCGGCGACAGAUAGCCCUGCGGGUGGAGGCGGGGCCGCCGGGAGCUCAGGGGGCGGGGCAUGAGAGGCGGGGCCCCGUCCCCGCCCUGCGAAACCGCAUCCACGCGCGCCUGGCGCGCCUGCACUCAGCCUGCGCCCCACGCCGCAAGGUGUCACUCCUGCUGGCGGUGUGCAGUGACGUCUACGAGGGCCUGGCUCGGGACGAAAACCAAGAGCCCCUGGGGGCCGACGCCUUCCUGCCAGCGCUAACAGAGGAACUAAUCUGGAGUCCGGACAUCGGGGAGACUCAACUCGACGUGGAGUUUCUCAUGGAGCUCUUGGAUCCGGACGAGCUACGGGGAGAGGCCGGGUACUACCUGACCACGUGGUUUGGGGCCCUGUACCACAUUGCCCACUACCAGCGCGACACGGUCCGUGCGCCCCAGGGGCUCAGCUCUGAGGCCCGGGCCUCCCUGCGCCAGUGGCACCGCAGGCGGACGCUGCAUAGACAGAGCCCCGCCGAAGCAGAGGCCAAGCUGCCCUUUGAGGAACCAUGGGCAAUAGAGAUUGUGCAAGAGGCCAGUGAUGAUUAG